AUGGACUCUCACACCUAUCCCAAGGGAACAGCUAACAGCGUCAAUCGCUACAGAAAUCGAGCAACCUACGAUGCCCCAACCAUCCACGCCCUCGUCAACUCCACCCCCGUCCUCCACGUCUCCUUCGUGCCCGACCUGACAACCCCCGUCCCAGCCAUCCUCCCCAUGAUCGGCAAAAUGGGGCUCUACCCCCCAAACGCCUCUCUUGACAACGACGCAGAGAGCUGCUACCUCCACGGCUACGUCUCCUCGCGCCUCAUGAAGCUGGCCACCACGUCUCAUUCUCCCGACGGCGACCCAGGUCUCCCUGUUUGCGUCGCCGCCACCAAGGUAGACGGGCUCGUGCUGUCCCUGACGCCGAACUCGCAUAGCUACAACUAUCGCUCUGCGGUGCUGUUUGGGGUUGCGACGCUCGUGGAGGACGUGGACGAGAAGUUGUGGGCCAUGGAACUGAUUACCAACGCGGUGGUGCCGGAGCGUUGGAAGAAUACCCGUGUACCGCCGGAUGGCGCGGAGAUGCAGUCGACGCGGAUAUUGAAAGUGAGGGUUACGGGGGCGAGUGGGAAGGUGAGGGAGGGCGGGCCCAAUGAUGAGAGGAAGGAUAUGAAGAGAGAGGAGGUGCUGGACAGUGUCUGGACGGGAGUGGUGCCGCGCUGGGAGGUGCUGGGGAAGCCGGUGGCGAGUUCGUAUAAUAGGGUCGAGAAGGUGCCGGAGUAUUUGGGGACUUUUGUGCAGGAAGAGAAUGAGAGGAGAGAGAUGGAGGCGAAGGAUGCCGCUGUUAAGGUGGCGCCGCAGAGAAAGUCCAAGAAGACCGAGGAGGACUAA